AUGGCCAAUAAAAAGCUCCGUCCUUAUUUCCUAGCCCACAAAUUAGUGGUUUACACUGACCAACCACUUAAACUGCAUUUCACGAAGCUAGAGGCGUCAGGCCGAAUGUUGAAUUGGGCUAUUGAACUGAAUGCCUUCAACAUCACUUAUGAACCCAGGAAAGCCGUCAAGGCGCAAGCUUGUGCAGAUUUUAUUGUUGAAAUGACGAGGCAUGUCUUUGCCGAGAAUACCAAGACGGUGUGGACACGAUAUGUGGACGGUUCGUCCACACAGAACAGAUGUGAAGCCGGGAUAAUCUCUCAAUCGCCAGAAGGGGAUACUUUUGAGUAUGCUAUGCGGUUUAACUUUCAUGCGUCCAACAAUGAGGCCGAGUAUGAGGCCCUGCUCUGUGGAAUUAAAAUGUGUAAAGCGGCUGGCGCCGAGGAGAUCUUAGCCCUAUCUGACUCUCAACUGAUUGUGAGCCAAGUCAAUGGAACUUACGAGGCUAGGGAUCCGACGAUGAUUAAGUAUAUGCAGGCCGUCCACCAAGAGGUGGAGCAACUGAAAAGCUUUGAAGUAAGGCAAGUCCCUCGCUCUGAAAACAAUCAUGCCGAUGCAUUGCCAAAAUUGGCCAGUUCGGCAUCCUGUGAUACUCCUCGUCACGUGUUCUGGGAAGUAAAGGAGCAGAAAAGCAUUGAGCAAGUGGAAGUAGCAACUCUAGACAGAACCUCCACAUAUAUGGAUGACAUAAUUAACUUCAAAAUGAAUGGAGUCUUGCCAGAUGACUCAAGGCAAGCGGCGAAACUUCAGAAAAAAUGCACCUGGUUUGAAAUGUGGAACGACACACUUUACAAAAAGGCCUACUCCCGCCCUUUGUUGAGAUCUGUGACGCCUGAGAAGGGGCAGGAAAUUCUAGAAGACCUUCAUCAGGGACUAUGUAGCUCGCAUAUUGGGGGAAGAGCCUUGGCAGAAAAGGCACUUCGAACUGGCUAUUACUGGCCGACCCUUAAGGAUGAUACAAUCUCAUUGGUCAAGAAUUGUGACAAAUGCCAACGCUUUGCUCACCUGCAACAUCGACCAGCUCGAGUUCUGACACCCAUCACGAGUCCAAUACCUUUUUCUAAGUGGGGAAUGAAUCUCCUAGGCCCGUACAAUGCUGCUCCCGGAGGGAGCCGUUAUGUCAUUGUUGCUGUAGACUACUUCACCAAGUGGGUGGAAAGUAGAAUCACUCAAGAAUAUAAGAACUAG